AAUCAAACCAGACAAGGCGGAGACACUUUUAUGAUUGGCUACUCCUUUACUCAGACAUGAGCAGCAGCACCCUGACUACAUCGAACGGAGAUGCUUCAGCAAACGUGACGGCGUAAUGCCCACCCCUCAACACUAGGGGGGGGUAUGCACCUCAACAAUCGAGUGACGCUCCAAACCCAAUUUAUAGCUGGCGGGUUACGAGCCGAGAGAAAAAUGGCUGCUGGAGAUAAGUCCGUUUCGGAGUUGCUAAGAGAGGUUGCUAAUCGUUUAGACAGCAACACUGUGCAAUUACCUGAAACAAUAAUACCUCAGCAGACAACUUUUGAUCAAGACUCUGCCCAAAGUUCCCGUCACAACAGUCCAGCGGGAGCGUUACCAAACGCUAAUGCUAGCGGCAACCACCAUCGUCGUGCCCACACUAGUUUGAACCCAGUACAAGCUGAGGUUGCAAGACUAUUCGCCCCGUACAGACAAAGAUCUUCCUCAACAUCAUUGUCAUCUUUGACCCCACCAUCUUCCAAGAAGAAACCCAACUGCUUCACAUACACACACUCAUUCUUCUGCUUGAGUGAUCACAUGUCAGACACAGUGCCAUCCAAAACAUCCAAGUUUGAAUUAACCGCAGCUGGACUUGGGGAGAGACGGAUUUCUUUUCAAGUAAGGGAUGAUGAUCCACACAUUUUCAAAUCAACUAUUGAGGAGAACUUCCCUCAGCUGAAAGACACAGGAGGGUUUGAACUGCUGCGAAUCUCUGGCACAACCAGAAGCCGUAACCUGGGCUUGAUCCCAUGUCCAGACACUGGAUAUACAGUGAGAUAUAUCCGCAGCCCCAUAUGUGGAAUUGGACAGGCAACAAUUUACAUAAGACCUCUGCAGAAGAGUAUUCCUGUGGACGAUGGCUCCUUUAUACUCCAGCAACAAGGGCCCCUCACAAAAUGUCUAAGUUGUCACACAGACAUUCCUUUAAAUAAAAUGAAAACCCACAUUAUCAACUGCAAAAGUCCAUUGAGUGAGACAGCACCUCAGUUGGAAACAGAUGCCCAGGUUAGGCAGAAUAAUAAUUCCAUGAUAGGGAUAGAGGUGCCAUCCUGUAGCUACAGCAAUGCCCAGAAUAUUUGCAACGAAGCAGAAGAAUUAGAUGUUACCAUUUUGGAUCCUGACAUUGUGCCAGUUAGAGCAGUGCAUUCUUCAGAUGAAAUGGUACUGCAGGAAGCAGCAACUCAACCAGAAGGAGAAAAGUCAAGUGCAGGGGAAGCACCAGAGUGGAAAUGUGAACCAGAUGGAACCAAAGCUGCCAGUCUCUACAAGUCCAACCUACUGUCACAGCAUGAGACCAGGAAGGCAGUUGUACUGCAAAUGGAUUUGAGGGAAAGUACUGAGGAUCAAGAGAGAUCCCUUCUCUCCUUUUACAAAGUCCCAAAGGUAGAGUGGGCAAGCCCUGUCUGCUGCAAACUGCAAGGGGAUGCUGCUGUUGGGGAAGGGGUGAAGAGAUUCUUCUUCUCAAAAAUAAUGUCCCUUAUUCAGUUUGGCUUUCAUUUGAACUUUGGGAACACAGAUGUUUCAAGACUGUUUGAUGGUGAACCAGAUCAUCUGACUCCAUCCACCUCCCAAACCUUGUUGGAGAGUGACAUGUUCUUGGUGGCAGGAAGAAUGAUGGGCCAUGCAUUCCUUCAUGGUGGACCAUGUCUGUCAGGAAUUAGUCCUGCUAUCAUCCAUGUCCUUUUUGGUGGCUCACCCGAAACAGUGACAGUUCAAAUUAAGGAUUGUCCUGAUAUUGAUAUCCGUACCACCAUUCAGCUGCUUGAAGGUACUGCUGAUUUGACAGAACAGGAAAAAGCAAGUGUUCUUGAGCUGGCCCUGUCCUGGGACCUUCCAGGUGUCUCACAAACCAAUCGAAAGUGGCUGUGUGAACGUCUUUUAUUCCAUGCUGUCAUAACACGAACAAGCCGUCAAGUCAAGCAGCUGAGGAAAGGGCUGAAGGAGACCAUGGUGUGGCCAUUACUGACAGAAAGACCAGACAUCAUACCCUUGUUUUUACCAAGGGAUUCAGAGACUGCUCCGUCCGGUGAGUCCAUCCUUGAAAGGAUAGUUUGGCCUGGGAAGGAACUUGAUGAUGAUGACGACGAUGAUGAAUGCUCGCUUGAAGACCAGUGCAGAGUAGCAGGGUACCUGCGCUCUUUUAUUGAAAAUGCAUCGUGUGAACAACGAAAAGCCCUUCUCAAAUUCUGGACUGGAUGGGAAGUACUGCCCAGAGAAAUAACUGUUGAAGUGGUGAACGACCAAACUUUACCAAAGUCCUCCACCUGUUUUGAGGUUCUACGUAUUCCUGCACAUUACCAAAACUACGAGUCAUUUUUGGUGGACAUGCAGGCAUGUCUCACCUCCUCUGACACGGGUUUUGGUCUGGUUUAGGAGGACUACGACCUACAAGUUCUUCUGAAGUUACACUGCGUGUUGCCAUAUUCUUGUCUGAUUUAGGUUCCAAUGCAGUUUUGCUUGUUUGUUCUGAUAUAGUCACAUUAAGUUCCAGAUAAAUAUUUAGGUUUUACGUUUUAAAAAAAUACGACAGAAUUUGAGUUUAGGUUUAAAAAAAUCUGAAGGUCUUAAAAUGAUGACUUUCCCCAUUUAUACACCAUUAUGCCCAAGUCUACAAGACAAACUUAAUUGUGAUCAGCUGAGCCUAUUUUGUGAUUAUGUGCAUAUUUUGUUAUUACAGAACUAUUGAAGGGGGAAAAUGUUAUGACAUUUGAAUUCGUUUUUUUUCCUAAGGCAGUAAUUUUUGUCAAUUCCAGAAAAAAAUGCAAUAAUCACUGUAUGUUUUAAAAAAUUUAUUAAAAAGAAUUUCUGGUCA